AUGGCGCAGUGGGGAGCACGAAGGCCGCGAUCGACGUCAGGCGGCGGCGGGCGCGUCGAGCACGCUCGCGACGCGAAGGUGGUCACGCUCGUGGACGACUACGAGGAUCGCAAGACAGGAGCCGUCGGAUUGACGCGCGAUCAGCGCGUCUCGCUCGAGUUCAAGCCGUUCGAUAGCCAGACCUAUCUGCAUCUCCGCAAUAGGCGCAUGGCGGUUCUCUCCAAGGCCGUGAUUCACGGCGCCGGCCUUGGUAGCGUCGGGAACGUCGCGUCUCGGAGCUAUAGCGAGGAUGAUUGGGAGGACUACGAUCCCGAAACCGAAAAAGCGUAUAACGAGUAUGGCGAUAGCGAGAGCAGCGGUGGGGAGUCUCCCCGGCGCGCCGGCGCGAGGCGGCCGCGCGAGCCAGAGCUGUACGACGCGAUUCGGCAUCCUCUAAGUGAAGCGCUCGACGCGGUUCGCGAGAUGCUGGAGCGCCGCGCGCUGAUGGCCGGCAGAGGAGGAGGCGGAGGCGCGGAAGGGGGAGGGCGCGCGCAGGGGGGUGUGGAGCGGGUGAAGCUGCUGGUGCGGCUGGGGAAGCUUCUCUUCUCCGUGCAAGGCAGGCCGGAUCCCAGCGCUACCCUGACCAGCAUCCCGCCGUUCUCAGCCAAGAAAUUGGAAGACCACAUGAACGAGCGUGCACCAUUUGUAAAGCAGGUGUACCGAACCUAUGAGAGCCACCUCCCGCAGAGUGCAUACCAGCAGGUGGAGGACAUGCUGCUGGGGGAUGGGCAGGUGGCACACUCGCUGGGGGAGAAAUACAACAUUCAGGUGGUGGACACGAGGGAGCACAUCGUGUACAAGGCAGUCUGCAAACACAGCCCUCACGAACAGCGAUUGACUGUGAAAAAGGUGAAGAAGCCACCUGUUCGCCGUGCAUUGUUCGACAUUGCACGCCCUGACAAGGUUGUGGACGCGCGCUUGAUCCUCGUCACCGAGACACAUCUGACAGCACUGGAUGAUGAGCUAGAAGUGGCGCUAGAGAGCAUUCUCGAGGCCACGAAGAUCGACCCCCAGAGCCCAGCAGGACUGCGCAUCCCAGCUCACAUGACAGAAACCCAUGGAAGCUCUGAUACCACCAGUAGGCGCUAUGGUGGUGGUGGUACUGGUAGCAGGGGCUAUGGUGGCACGACUAGCAGGGGCUAUAGUGGUGGUGUGGCAAGUGGGAGAUCUGCUGGUGCUGGGAGCAGCAGCAGGUUUGUGGUGCGAGCGGUGCGGCAUGCCACGACGAGGCGGGCGGAGGGGAGAGGGCGGGUGUGGAAGCUGUCUCGUGUGGACGGGGUUGAGUUCAAGGAGGGAGGCGGGCGGCGGACCAAUGAAAUCGAGUUCUGCCCGGUUGCAUGGCAGCAGGAGCUUAAGGGUGGCCCUGAUGGGCAUCCCAGCCCCAGGGGGCAGCAGCCCCCCACGUGGACCACAGAGGAGAUCAUGGCGGAAUGCCCUGGGUUGUUGUCGUGGUUGAGCAAGAACCUUCCAUAA